AUUGGUUUCCAUGCCUCGACACAAACUAAUUUGAGCGAGUGAAAAAAUGGGCGGAGCAAUGGCUUCCAUUGUAAUAUCUGUGAUUGUGCUUGUCAUUUUAAGGUACACAGUCAAACUAGCAAACACAUAUUGGUUUAGGCCAAAGAAAAUGGAGAAACGGCUGAGGAAUCUGGGAUUUAGGGGGAAUCAGUAUAGGAUCAUCUUCGGAGACGCAAAAGAUGUUGGGAAGACGAGAGCAGCAGCCACAUCCAGGCCUAUGGAACCCUCGGACAAGAUCGCGUCCCGUAUUUUACCAUAUUACCACAAUAUGGUCCAGAAGUAUGGUAAGACGUUUUUCCUCUGGUUUGGCACUAAAGCAAGAUUGACCAUAUCCGAUCCGGUGCUAGUGAAGGAUAUUCUGUCUAGAACAGAGGAGUUUCGAAAGCCAAACAAUGAUCAAAUGGCAAGGGUGCUUGUAGGUGGACUGUUCAGUAGUGAGGGUAAAACAUGGGCUCAACAUAAGAAGAUUCUCAACCCUGCUUUUCACAUCGACAAGACAAAGAACAUGGUACCAUCAAUCGUGGAGAGCUGUUCGCAAAUGAUGAACAAGUGGAACAUAUCGGUAGCUUCAAAUAAAUCAGUGGAGGUUGAGAUGCGGCCACAAAUAGAUGUGUUAAUAUAUGACAUAAUGUGCAGAGCACUAGUGGCUGGCCCGAUUAGUGAAGAAGCAAAAGAGAUUUACCAACAGAGGAUGAUAUUGAACCAACAAGCAGCCAAACUAGCAAGGCUAAUGUUCUAUCCCGGAUGGUGGAAUCUAUCGACUCAAGAGGUGAAGACAAUGAGAGCAGGUCAUAAAGAAACUGAGCGUUUGGUGAAGAAAGUGGUGACCAGGAGAUUGGAAGAAAUGAAACAAGGAGCAAGUGAUCACGGUGAUAUAUUGAGUUUAUUGCUGGAAGCUUUUCAAGAUCCAGCAAGCGGAUUUAGUCUUGAUGAUGUGAUUGAGGAGUGCAGAACUUUUCACUUCCUCGGGGUGGAAUCUACAGCACGGUCAUUAAUAUGGGUGCUCUAUGUUUUGGCUAAUUAUCCCGAAUGGCAAGAGAGAGCAAGAGCAGAGGUUUUGCAGGUUUUCGGAGAUCAAAAGCCAAAUGCCGAGGGAAUGAACCAACUCAAAAUUGUAACAAUGAUUAUUUACGAAACUCUGAGAUUUUAUCCACCGAAUGGUGUAAUCCACCGAUCUAUUUCCAAGGAUACGAAGUUAGGAGAUAUGGUUCUGCCCGCCUGGAUCCAAGUCACCAUACCAAUAGCUCUAAUGAAUCACGACCCUGAUAUUUGGGGAGAAGAUGUGAAUGAGUUCAAACCAGAAAGAUUUGCUCAAGGCAUUUUCAACUCAAAGAUGCAGUCAAUAUUCUUAGCUUUCUUUUCGGGUCCUCGAAGAUGUACCGGACAAACUAUGGGAACGGUUCUGAUUACAUUUGUGGUAGCGACCCUUCUGCAAGGCUUCAGCUUAGAGCUUGCUCCCUCGUACUCGCAUGCUCCCAGAUAUUCCUUCUUUCUGGUACCUGAGCAUGGACUGCAACUUGUUCUACGUCAACAUAUCUAGCUACUUAGAUAUGUGAUCAAAAGGCAGGAAAUUUGGUGACAAUUACCUUUUAAUUAGGUGAAAUAUUUUUAUUAGAUCUAAUUUUUAUUAGAGCUAAUAAAUAUACUUCACGUAGUUUGAAGGCGCGUGUGUCUGAUUUCCUUCGCCAACAAUAAAAUGUUUUUCUUAAAAUAUUUGUAUGGAUGGUCUGCAUUUGUGUUUGUUGUGUGUAAUUCAGUAGUAAUUUUAUAUUAAAAAGAUGUGUGAUUGAU